AUGCCGGCGUCCUACGGGGAGGAAGACCUUCUUCUGAGAGAUGGCGGAACGACCGUUCCACCUCUUGUUCUUCGCCCGCUCAUACGAUCAGAUGUGCCAGCAAUUGAAGCGCUAUGUGCUGCUUCCUUUCCAAUUCAGUAUCCGGGAUGCUGGUUUGAAGAAGUGGUCGGUGGCGAGUUGAUCAGUGUGGGACUGUUCGACGAAAAUCAGUUGGUAGCAAUGAUGGUUGCAGAGGUUAAGACGAUCCUACAUUGUAAUCCAGAGGACCGCGACAUAGUCGCAGAUAGUGGGGCUCAUGUGGUUUAUAUGUUGAGUUUGGCUGUUGCUCAUGCCUAUCGGAGACUAGGUCUUGCAUCAAGACUACUUAGGCAUUUACUGGAUUCGGUCGUGGAUAAUUCCCCAUAUCCGAAAGCCGUAUUUUUGCAUGUUUUAUCGACAAAUUUACCUGCGAUCAAGUUCUACAAAUCGCAUGGGUUUAUUCAUCACACUACUUUGCUAAACUAUUAUCACCUGAAAUCUGAGUAUGGAGACGCAUGUACGUAUGUGCUUUAUACGAAUGGAUCACGACCUCCUUUCUCCAUCGGUGAUGUUUGCCGAUCUGUGGGCACUGCUCUCUGUUUCCCUCUCAAAGCUCUGUGCCGGAUGUUUUUUCACUGA